CUUACUCCAGCCUCCUUUCCUCCUCCCCCGCGUCCCUGCUUUCUCUCCUCCUGGAUUCAUUUGAGAGCAAAGUUGUGGAGCAGCUGGACACACUCACCGUGGGAGGGGGGGUCUCACAUGAACUCUUCUGGGAAAGCAACUCCUUGGUUGGGUGUUUGAAGCAGAAAAAAGCAACUUCAAGGAGGAAGCUGGGAGUUACAGAUGGAGGGAGCUGUGGAAGCAGGAGCUUAAGGAGGAUAUACCAAGUGCUGUUGGAGGGGCCAGGGUGGAUUUGGAGGCUAGGACCAUCUCUGCUUCAGGAGGACUGACAUUGGCUCUCCUUGGCUCAUUCUCCAGGGAGAGAGGACAAGCCCUCAGGCCAGCGGUCACCACUGCUGAAAGCGAGUGAACCCAACAGGGAGUGAAAGGAACCAACACCUGUGAAGAGAAGUGAAAAGAAUUAGGACGGAAAAGAGUUCCAUAGGCAGGGGAGAAGCACUGAAAACCAUGGUCUCCUGUGAGGGGGGACUGUAAAGGGGAGCCACAGCCCAGGAGACCCCACCCCCUCCCAAAACCCUUGCUGGAGCCAAGUGCUGCCCUUGCUGGAGUAAAGUGCUGCAUGGGAAAGGGCUGGCUAUGGAGAAGUUGUCCCCGGAGGGGAACAACCUGUGGACUGUCAAUGGCUCACUGAUCAACUCCAGCCUGAGCCUGGAGAAUCGGACGUACGGGGUCAAUAGCACCACUGACCCCCUGAAGCGGAACGAGGACAUGGCCAAGGUAGAGGUAACGGUGCUCUGCUUCAUCCUCUUCCUUGCUCUGACGGGCAACCUGUGCGUGCUGCUGGCCAUCCACACCACGCGGCACAAGCACUCCCGCAUGUACUAUUUCAUGAAGCACCUGAGCAUCGCUGACUUGGUGGUGGCCAUUUUCCAGGUGCUGCCCCAACUCAUCUGGGACAUCACCUUCAGGUUCUAUGGGCCGGACUUCCUCUGCCGGUUGGUCAAGUACCUGCAGGUGGUGGGGAUGUUUGCUUCUACAUACAUGCUCCUGCUGAUGUCCCUGGACCGGUGCCUGGCCAUCUGUCAGCCCCUGAGGUCAUUGCACAGGAGGUCUGACCGGGUGUCUGUCCUCCUCACCUGGCUGCUGUGCCUGCUGGUCAGCAUCCCCCAGAUCCACAUCUUUUCCCUGCGGGACGUGGGCAACGGGGUGUAUGACUGCUGGGCCGAUUUCAUCCAGCCGUGGGGAGCCAAAGCUUAUAUCACCUGGAUCACCCUGACUGUUUACAUCAUCCCCGUGCUGAUGCUCAGCAUCUGUUAUGGCUUGAUCAGCUUCAAAAUCUGGCAGAACGUGAGGCUCAAAACAGCCCAUGAGAGCAACACGAGCCUGCCCUGCAGCGGGGCUGCCCUUUCCAGGGUGAGCAGCAUCAAGCUAAUUUCUAAAGCCAAGAUCCGGACAGUGAAAAUGACCUUCAUCAUAGUCUUAGCUUUCAUAGUGUGCUGGACUCCAUUUUUCUUCGUGCAGAUGUGGUCUGUGUGGGACAAGAAUGCUCCCAAAGAAGCAUCUCCGUUUAUCAUCGCCAUGCUCCUAGCAAGUUUAAACAGCUGUUGCAACCCAUGGAUCUACAUGCUUUUCACAGGCCAUCUUUUCCAUGACCUUAUGCACCGGUUCCUCUGCUGCUCCACACGCUAUUUAAAAUCCAGGCAAAGCUGUGACUUGAGCAUCAGUAAGAAAAGCAACUCCUCUACCUUCGUCCUGAGUCGCAAGAGCUCGAGUCAGAAAAGCUUCACUCAACCUUCCACCACCUGAGAACUGUCCCAGCGCUCUUUGGACUGCAUUCCUACUUCACUGAGUAUUUGUAAAAAACUGUAAUCCUGAAUAUAUGGGUGGAGGGGU